UUGCGCCUAAAUUUAUGCUGUGUUGCUGUCGAUUUUUUUCGAAAUUAUGUUGUUCAGGGCCUCCACUACAUCCACAGUUCUUUUCUCGAAAAACACGGUUGUCUAACCUCUGCAUGUUGUCUCGUAGAUUCUCGUUGGCAAGUGAAGAUAAGCAACUAUGGAAUGGGAUUUCUGCACAGUACCGAAGAACUACCACUGAGAAAUAAACUCUACAUGGCACCUGAGCUGUUGCGAGAUUAUCAACCAGAUGGAACGAAGCAAGGCGACAUUUAUAGUUUCGCAAUCAUAUGUUCGGAACUGAUCGCAGGUACCAGCGCUUGGAACCUGGAAAACCGUGAAGAGGAUCCGGAAGGUUUUUAAAG